AUGGACUCGACGAUCGCCAUGGUGCUCGUGAGCUUUAGCCAGGGCCGCCACUACGAUGACCGCAGCGACGCGACCGCCGAGACACCGGCCGCAGCCAACCGAGCGGCGUCGCUCGCGCAGAUCCGGCGCAACCUCAUGACGCGCCGCCACAAGCUCUCGGCAGCGCAGCUCAAUCGCAGCCAGCUCAUUGCGCAGUUUGAAGCGGCCCCGCCGCCGCCGCGAAAGGUACCGCGCUCGGUUGUCUAUGCCAGCCAGGACGACACGCUGGCGACGCCGGCCGACGCCGCCACCGGCCGCCUCUGCCGCUACUCGACGGGCAAGUGCCGGCACGUGCGCGCGCAGAAAGCAGACGGCACGUACUUGAACCUGUGCCACAUGCACCGCAUUCGGGCCAACGCCAACCAGCGCAAGCUCGACCGGAAGAAGAGCCUCCGGCUACGUCAGUGCGACCAAGCCGUUGCCCACGGACGCCGGUGGCCAUCGCCACACGCCAACACACAGUCUGCGUGA